GUAACGGCCCGUCGGGGAUCUGGCUCUCGUACCUGCUGUCGGGCUACACGCCGUAACUGUCGCCCGAGGCGUCGCACCCCAACCCGCUGCUGCACAGCAAGCUGGGGGAGCAGCCUCACCUGUCGCUGCUGGAGCAGGAUCUGGAGUACCUGUGCGAGGGGCUGGAGGGCCGCUCGUCCAAUCCCAUGGCCGUGCUCUUCGACUCGCUGCUGCUCCCCGACAGCGACUUCGGAUUGGACCACACGUCGCCGCUGGAGUGGCGCUACGAGCCGGAGCGGGCCGUCCCGCACCUGGUGCUGGGGAAGGGUCCGCCUGGGGGGGCCUGGCAUGCUAUGGAGGGCUCCAUGCUGACUCUGAGUCUGGCUAACUGGAUGGAGCUUCCGGGACUCAAACUGAAGGACUGGAUGAGAGAGAAGCGCAGAAACGUUCGAAAUGACCGCGCCACCCCAGCGGAGAUCGCCUCCUACUACCAACACUACGUCUCCCAGAUGUCCCUCGAGCAGAACUUUGCCUGCGGAACCGCCGUGACCUCUGUAACCAGACAGCCCGGCGGCCUGGAGGGGUCGCCGCCCUGCUGGAGAGUGACGGGGCUGCAGCGCAGAGAGAGGGAGGAGCUUGGAGAUGGCUGCGCCGUGUCGGAGGAGGUUCCCUUUUCCUUCUACGCCCACAACGUCGUCUUGGCGACGGGGACCCACGACAUCCCGGCCCGGCUCGGCGUGGAGGGCGAGUCGCUGCCUUACGUCUGCCACUCUUUCUGGGAGCUGGAGGCGGCCAUCUCCCGCGGCGAGCUCGACCAAUCGUCGGACCCGGUGCUGGUGGUGGGGGCGGGGCUCACGGCUGCCGACGCGGUGCUCGCCGCCCACCACCUCAACACGCCGGUGUACCACGCCUUCAGGCGCUCGGUCAGCGACCCCGGCCUCAUCUUCAACCAGCUGCCCAAGCUGCUCUACCCAGAGUACCACAAGGUUCACCAGAUGAUGACUCAGCAGCAGUACCAGCCGGACCCACCGCCACAAGAACACGCCCACUCCAGCCCCUCCUCUCUCCCUUCCCCCUCCCCCUCCACCUCCUCGUGCCCCUCCUCCUACCCGGGCUACCUGAGCUUCCCGCGCUACAGAGUUGCGGCAUUCCGGCCUGACCGCAAGUGCGUCCUGGAGUCGGACCUAGGCCAGCGCACCGUGGUCCAGAUCUCCAAGGCGCUGGUUCUGAUCGGCGCCCACCCGAACCUCUCCUUCCUGGCCGACAACGGCCGCUCGCUCGGCGUCAACCCCGAGGAGCCCAUCACGUGCCGGAGGAACCCGGUGGAGGUGCACCCCUUCACCAACAGGGUGGUGGCGGCGGACGGGCCGGGCCUGUACGCCAUGGGGCCGCUGGUCGGCGAGAACUUUGUUCGCUUCCUGAAAGGGGGGGCGCUGGCCAUCGCGAGCGACCUCGCCAAGACGCAGAGGGAGAGGGGCGGGCAGGGUGGGGUUCUGACCGCGGACAGAUGGGCGGCUGCGCGGACCGGGGCGGAGGUCCGCGUUCCCGGUUCGUAGCAGGAAGCAACGGUCUCAAGAACAAACUCAAAACGUCCUGAAAGACGCCGCCCGGGAAAUGCUGACGGAUCCUCGCCGUCAAAGGGUGAAGCCUGAAAAGGUUUCACAAUAACUGCGUUUAAAUAGUCCAAACUCUGCACAGUAUCUGCAUCCAUCUCCCUCGCAUUACGCCCAUGAGGCUGAUUCCUUUAACGUGGUCAUGAAGGACUGAAGCGCUUCUUCUUCAGUGCCAUCUGCUGGUCAUCACGACCUCCAUCUCAUCCGGUGCUUCCAGCCUCCUGUACAUGCAUGUUGUGUUUUUAUCAAAGACUGCUCGGCAUCUCCAGAACUCUACAACCCAACACACGCGGUUCUAACCUGUAAAAAUGUACAUUAAAGAAACAAACAUCCGCCUCGGUCACCACGGUAACAAGCUGGUCAACCAAUCGGCAUCAAACGCCACCAACAGCCUUUUUCUUGAUUGAUAUUCAUUCAUCAUCAGCAUUGUACACUAUUAAUGUUUUAUUUAUAUUCUCAGCGUGUUUCUAUGGUUACGUCAGACACAAACUUCUGCAUGUUGUAUAUUAUGGGUUUUCUAUAUGUGUGUGUAUAUAUCUAUUUACAUAUAGAUAUAUAGAUAUAUAUAUAUAAUGUUAGGAUCUUUGUUGUUAUGGUGCUUUAUUUUUCUGUCUUUAAGCCAAUGUACCUAAAGGAAAUAUAAUAAUAUAUAUAUAUAAAUGUAUUUUCUGUAAUUCCUCCAACGUCAUCACAAAUUUGGUUUUUAAACAUUGUUGUUUCCACUUGAAUCUUCCACAUAUGUAACUUUUCUAUAACCAUAACAGGGGAACUUUGCUUCUGUGCUUUUGGUUUCUAUGAAAUCUAUGAAGAAUGCCUUUUCUCAGUAUAGUUUAAAUUCUUUUUCUGUUACUGUUGUGAUGUACUUUUUUAUUUUAAGUGUUUUCGCCACAACCUGACGAUGCGUUCAGGAACCAAAUUUGGCCUAAAAAUUAGGCCAAAAUAAAUGACCAAGUGUAAAUCGUGCCGUUCCUCUUAGAGGGUAAACACACUGUUGCUUUACGGGAAGAAACAAUAAUUUCCUUCUUUCUUGUGCUUUAUAUUUAUAUCUCGCUUUAAAAUGGAUUCCUUUGUUUGUUUUUCUUUAAGUCUAAAGAUAGUUUAUGAAUUUGAAGUCUAACGCUGAAACCUUCAACCAGACCCGUCACGUUGCUUCACCCCCCAAAUAUUUGAUUAUAUCUGAUAAAUCUUAAAAAGGUCAUAAAUAAACUGCAGACUCAAGUGAGAGAUUUUCAAAAUAAGACUCUUACUUUUUAAUUAACAAAAAUGAAAUGAUAAGAAAUGCUGAAAUACUACUUACUGUAUCACAACUACGCUUGCUGAUGGUUAAAGAUUUGGUAUUUGCUGCUUUUAAGUCCAACAACAGGAAGUGGUGCAGGGACUAUUUUCAGUGGCGGAUUAAUCCACAUUGGGUUUCAUAGGAUAUCUGUCUUUUCUUAGUAACAAAGGAACAUUGAUAUGAUGGAAAUGUGGAAAGGAAAACCACUUGUUUUUGUUCAUGGGUUUUAUUGCUCCUAAGAAAAAUAUAGAAAAUCAAAAUUUAAUGCGUUUUUCAUUUUUUUGUUGCUUCAGUCUUCUAUUUUAAACUCAGUCUAGAUCUACGUUGAGCUUCUCCCGGUCACAAGAUAUUCAGCUUUAAGGCUCCACUUCAAAAAUACAUAAUUCUUUGUUAAAUAUGUUUAAGUUUGCUUUCGAUAGAGAAUAAAUGAAAUUGAGUGUUUUGCAGGACCUCAAACAGCAGGGCGCUAACGAUGCUCAUGCGCGUGAUGAGGAUUUUGGGGGCGUGGCCUAAAAGGACACAUUUUGGAUCUUCUGCUUUAAUCAGAAAAGAGUCGACGUGAUGGUCCGUUUUUUUAGGGGGCUUGAAUCACUUUUUUAAACGUAGCUUUCACUUGCUAUAUUCUCAAGAUUAACGACCGCAGCUUAUGACAUUUCAAAUAUACUCACGUUUAUUUAAAAAAGAACACUGCAUCUUUCGCCCUGUUAAAAAUAUCAGAUUAUGAAUUUAAAGUAUACUGCGGACUGAGAUGAUUUAUUACUUUGCCCAUGAUUUUCUCGAUAAGUCUCCAGAGUCGUUUUGUCACACAUUAUUCAUUCAUUAUUCACAUUUAUUCAUAAAUGUUUUAUGAAACGUUUCCAUCUGUAUCCACACAUUUCUCUCGGUUUCUAUUAAAAAGGCAUUUUUUUCUCACCAA